AUGUCGCUCGCAUUUGACCUUCGACUCGGAACGUGCCAAUCUCAUUCGCAGCUGACUUUGAAACAAACACGUUUAUCAAGUGAAUUGCAACAAAUAAGGCCGAAACGAGACGAAUCUAGUCGCAUUUCAUUCAUGAGCAACAACAGCAAUCCGUACGCAAUGUUUCUUCAGAGAAUGAGAUCAUUCGAAUGCGAUAAUGAACCCAAGCCGGUGUCAUCGCUACGACUGCCUUCUUCCUUUGAGUCGACAAAGAGUGAAUUAUACAACACGAAAAGGACCAGCGAACAGUCUGAUUUAGGUGUACAUGACACAUUGCUGUUGGAUUUGGUGCGAUUGAAAAGCUGUGACAUAAGAGAAUCUCAAGACAAGACACUAGAACUACCAAAGGACCAUGAUAAUGAAAUCGAAGAGUUAGAUGCAUUAUAUUUAUUAGAUUAUAAUGUAUUUUACAAUAAUUACUUGUACAUUCCUUAG